CUUGAUCUUGACGGCAGUGGGGCUCACCUUGGGGGCUUGUUUCUUUGCCGGUCGAAGCCUUUGCGGUAACAUUGUUGCCAGGGUUCAUUCUUCUGUGGCACAGUUGCCAGGCUUGACUUCAUUUGUUUCUAAGUUCUGGGUUCAUGUGUCUCCUGUAAGCAGUGAUUUUGGCGAGCACCUGGCCUGGCAGCUAGCGAGAAGAGCUGCUCUUCUGAUAAAGAGGAGUGAGGACGAACUUUAGGAAGGGCUAACCACCUAGUGCCAGGCUUAGGCUAAGGGCUGGAGAGCCAGAGAAAGGCCAAGCCAGAGUCUCUCCCCUCAGAGACUUCCCAUGAAUCCUGGAGUUAGAGAUACACCCAAGACACACACUGUGGAGAUGGAAGGUAGUCGCAGAGGAGAGGGAAGAAAACAAUUCUGGACAAUCUGGGAUUCCAGCCCAACUUGUUCCCUACGUAAAUUCGAGAGAGAAGAGAGCUUUUCAGAGCCCCAAAUGCAGAACAGUGAAGAAAAGGCAUCUCAUCAGAGUGUGACAAAGAGCUUGAGGCCUUCAAGUACAAAAUCUGGACACACAGCUCCUCUUUGAAAAGCUUUUGGAUUGCUAAGGGCAGCUUGAAAAUGUCCCACGGUUAAAUUGUCCACAUUUUACAAUCCUCCCCACCCCCAAAACACAUCCAUUCUCUGUCUCUCUGUCUCUGUCUCUCUCUGUCUCUCUCCCUCCCUUCCUCCCCCCUCUCUCUUUCUCUCUCUGUCUCCCUCCCUCCCUCUCUCUCUAUCUCUCUCUGUCCCCUCCCUCUCUCUCUCUGUCCCCCCUCUCGCUCUGUCUCUCUUUCUCUCUGUCUCUCUGACUCUGUCUCUGUCUGUCUCUGUCUCUCUGACUCUGUCUCUGUCUCUCUCUCCCUCCCUUCCUCCCCCCCUCUCUUUCUCUCUCUGUCCCCUCCCUCUCUCUCUCUGUCCCCCCUCUCUCUCUGUCUCUCUUUCUCUCUCUCUCUGUCCCCUCCCUCCCUCUCUCUGUGCCCCCUCUCUCUCUGUCUCUUUCUCUCUCUGUCCCCUCUCUCUGUCUCUCUGACUCUGUCUCUCUGACUCUGUCUCUGUCUCUGUCUGUCUCUGUUUCUUUCUCUGUCCCCCCCCACAUUGCCCCCCAUUGGCUUCCUAUUCCUAAACUUUAUCUUGCUGGGGUGGGGAUGGGCUGGGGAUUUUAGCCCACAACUUGACAUCCAUGGUCUUUAGGUGAAAGUGAGAGAAUGGCCAGCCUUCUUAGAAAUGGAGGGCCCUGGGACUAGCCCUGGAAACUGUCUCUUACUGGGUAUCACCUGUAAGUGAGGGAGAGAGAGGCUACUAGGAAGGUGGAGGAUCCCCACUGCAUGGGACCUCAGGGACUGCCUGUGCUUCUGUGGAUGCCUUUGAUAGCUGUGAGCUUGGUACUCAUCUUAGUCAGAGUACAAGUCCUGGGUCAGUUAGGUGUGGGAGACUCUCUGUUUCCUCCUCUGUGAAAUGGGCAUUCAGGUGUACCCUCAAGGCCUUUGGAAGAAAAUCACUUUGUGAACCCUUGAGCUUAGGAAAGAUGCUAGUUCUCCUAGCAAAUGUUUGCAUUUUAAAGCAUAUAUGAUAGCAGCUGAGGCUAUGGAAAUGGAAGCACUAAUGAGAGGCUGGUUCAAUCAUCUUUAUUUGUAGUGGUUGUGGUGGUAGCAGUAGGGGGGGGGGCACCAUGCAGUGGCAGCUUGUGUUAGUUAUUCAGUCAGCAAACUGUAAUGAGUUACGUGUUUGAAGUAUAAAACGCUUUAGUCUAGCUCCAGAUCGAGCCUGCCCCCAGGAUUCCUGGACUCCUGGUCUGGUGUUGAAUGGACCCAGUGCCCUCUCCCUGAAGAGGGUCUUUGUCAUUUUGGAUUUGUCAUUGCUUUUGUCACUUGGGGGUUUUCUUUUACUUCUUUUCUUUUCUUUUUUUUAAACCCUGACCUUCCAUCUUGGAGUCAAUACUGUGUAUUGGCUCCAAGGCAGAAGAGUGGUAAGGGCUAGGCAUGGGGGUCAAGUGACCUGCCCAGGGUCACACAACUGGGAAGUGUCUGAGGUCAGAUUUGAACCUAGGACCUCCCGUCUCUAGGCCUUACUUCUUUUCUAAUAUCCCUUGUGGGUCAGAAAUAGGAAUGGGGCUCUGAAGUCUGAGAGCCAGUCUCUUCAUGCACUGUCCCUUUGAAACAUUUCCUGACUUCUUAGGGAUAGGGUAUGUUUCUUUUUUGAAUUGAUUACAAUCUUAUCUGGCUCCCCAAACAGCCCAGGAUUCAGUAAGUUGGUUGGUGGCAGGCCUGAUGCCUGGCUUGGACAUUGUGCUCGGUGUUGCAGGUGAGGUGGGUGGGGAGAUGGUUCAGAAAGUAUUGUGUAAGUGGCCCCUCCACUUCAGGGCCUCCCCACAGAGCCAAGUCCAUCCCAAGAAGGAGUGUCCUUUGUGCUCACCCCCAGAGGCAUGUGCUUGUCAUCAUGGUCUCAGGUUUGGGAUGCUUCAGACCAAUCCACUACAGGGACAGAAACAGCUGAAAAGGAUUUCUGCUUCAGGUUUCUCUGGCUCUGUCCCACUGGGCUGGAAAAAAGCAGCCACAAGAGCAGUGGAUGUCCUGAGGCCCUCCCACAAGGCAGAACUCAAACCCAAGUCCUGUCAUUUCCAAUUCAACCCUCUUUCCACAUCUUUGGUCUCCAGACAGACUCUUGGAAGCUGAGCCUGGCUUUGGGCACUGCUUGGACUCUCCCUGCCCUGUGUAGAAUCUUGUUGGGGAACCCAAGACACCUGAUCCUGAAAGAAGUCCUGGAGGUUGCCUGGAAUUGAACACAAUGCCUUGCUGCUGUUAAUUUGCAAAUCUCUUAGAGCUUCUAAGCAGAAUACAACUUAAGAAUGUGAAGAUCCCUCUUCUGCCCUACUUGCCUCUCCUUAGAUUUAGAGGUCAAGGGUAACCCUGGGGAGAAGUGUCACACUAAAGGACUGUUAGCAAGGCCACCUCUGAACGCCCCCCAUCCCAGGCUAAGACUUAAAGGAUGAAAGGUCUGGAAAACAGAACAGAAUGCUUGUUUGGUUUUGAAUUCCUAGUGCUAGAUGAAGGACCAACUUGAUGGCCCCAAUUUGUAACCGAAUCAGCCUGUAGUUGUGAGAUAAUCACGUUUCAGUGACAAGUUGCCAAGAUACAGUAGAAGGGAACUGGCUAUUUAAAGAGACCAGCUUGUGAGUGCAUGCCUUCAUGAACCAUGUGAGCCAGCGCCAAGGGGUCACUGGGGCUGAUCUGACUUGGUACACCAAGAAGCUUUCCCUAAAGGGGAAUGGGGCUUGAAUGGAGGAAGAUGAUGGGAAUGCAAGUCUAUCUCCUCAGAUCUGCUUAAAUAAGGAAGUGCUUCUGCUGACAAAAGGCUAGAAAGAUUUCAAGCCCUCAUGAUUUUUUUCUUUCAAACAUCUUUUCAGACAACUUUCUAGUGACCUGCUAGAAUAGGGGAAAUGUCACCUGUUGCUGCCUGCCUUGAGUUUGACAGAUCUGGGGGUUGAAAACUGCCUUAUGAUCCAGUUGGUUUGGGUAUUUGGUUUGUCUUGUCUCCCGGCUCCCUUUGCCCUUUGUCGAGUCAUCUCACCUCUUAUUUCUGUUUCCCUGACUGUAAAGUGGGAAGGGGAUGUUAUUCUUUCUCCUGAGAGAGCUGGUGGGGCAGUGAAAACAUGUCUAUUUUGUGGUGAACAGGGCAGACUCUGGCAUUAAUCGAGAUUCUGUAAGAGAGACAGUAGAGGGGAAGAAAGGAAGGGCGACACACUGGAACGGAGGCAGGUCUGGGUUUGGGCUUUGGCUAACCUUUCCUAAGACCAAAUGUUCCUGGCUAGGCCUCAGUUUCCUCAUUUGUUUUUGAUAAACGCCUCCAGACCUCAGGGUUCUAUGAUUUCUUCCACCCAGACACUCUUCCUAGUGAGGGAGAUUCCAGUCUCUGCAGGCCAAAGAAAGUUUCACGAAUUGUUGAAGUUCAUCCAGGCUGGUCUUUUGACUACAGAUUUCUCUGAGUCCUCCCUGGAAGCCUAGCUUCCAAGAGCCCAGAGCCACCUCUGAGCUAGAGCAGGAGGGUCUGCAUCCUCUCUGUCCAUGAUGCCAGGUGUUCUGACUGAUCUGUGCGUGCCCUUCUACCAACGUGGUAGAGGUCUUCCAUGCAAGGGUUACAGUGGAACUCUCUGUCCACCCCUGAGCUCAGGGGGAUGUUUCUCUGGUAUCAUCCAUUAUUCUUAUUUGUUUUAGAUACAGCCUCUUUCCAUGGUCACCUGGGAGACACUCCUAAAAACCUUGGGAGAUUGGCUUUAAGGUGAUUUUCUUCUAGUUUUUCUUCACUAAGACUGAGCUAAAGCUCAUUGCUGACAAACAGGCUGGUGAGGAAGGGGCUGGCCCCAGCUUUAGACAGAAUAUGAAUGAUGGGAGCUGAUCUAGAAUGAGCUGAGAGGGUCCUCAGAGGCCAUCUGGGCUAUCACCCACAUUUAAGAGAUAAAGAAAUGGAGGUCCAGGAAGGUGAAGCCCCAUCACCUAGAACUCUGGUGUGGAAAAGUAGGAUUAGGAAGAAGAGGCCACACUGUGCCUUUCUCCACUUGUCAGUUAGACACUAUAUUUAGCAAGACUGUUGAAGAAAAAGGAGGCCCUGCCUUCCUCUUGGGUUGGGUAUUUAUUUUUAAUUGCAAAUACAAAGCACAGGAUUUUCUUUACUCAGACUACUCUUACAAGGUUGGAUUUUUGUCUCUAGGUCACAAGUCUAAAUAGAGAGUGAAUAUUUAACCACUCUCAAGGACAGCCAAUGAUCUUUGAUCACUAAUGGUGUGUGAAAUUAGGACAACAAGCAAGAAUCUUAAAUAAAAUUUUCAAUGAACAACUGGGAUAAUAGUGGCAUAAUCUCAGAUCUAAAGCUUUAUCAAAAUUAUUUUGAUUCUUAAGAAAACCAAAGUUGGAGCUCCAGCUUGUGACAGAUAGGAUUUAUCAUUUGAACUGAUGUAUUGGCAUUUAAGGCAGGGGAGAGAGGUCUCUACUAGUUCCUGCUUCAAGCUUGCCUCUUGACCUUGAGCAAGUCCUUUCCCCUUUCUAAGCCUCAGGUUGUUUUGUUUUGUUUUUUUUUUAUCUGUAAAAUGAGGGGGUUGAAUUCGUCUCCAAGGAUAUCUGGUUAUUUUAGUUGGCCAGACUAGUAAAUAGAAGGCAGAUUUUCUUCUCUGUUCUUUGAAUCAGACUAAUUUCUAGAAGUUCUUUCAAUUAAUGGUAUAUUGCAGUUAAUGGAGGAAAUAAGAAUUUUUCCAGAUGUUGGGAUUCCUCCCAGCCUUGAGUUCUGCAGAGAAGUAUUUCAGAGGCACUCAAACUAAACUCAUUCUUAGCACACUUAGCCUAGAAGAAUUGAAAUGCUUCGAAAUAUAGAAAUGCCCUAGGCUUCUGAUUUUCAGAAAUAAGUUAACAUACCUAGAACAUGAAAUGUUUGGCAGUGGUGAAAGCUUUCUUUGCAGAGGAAAGGGUCUUUUUUUGCACAAGGCAAAGGGCUCCUCCUAUCACAUCCUGAAUGAUGUCUCUGUGAAAUUAGAGAGACCUGAUUGGUGUUCUUGGAUGUGGGAAACCCAACAGGGUCCUAUCACCGAAUCAUAGAUUUAGGGACAGGAGGCAUUUGAAGCCAAAUUUCUCAUUUGACAGAUGAGGGAAAUAAGGCCUAUGGCUGCCCAGGUGAUAUCAGAAGCAAGAAGCCUAGGUCUGUCCCUGAUUCCAGAAUUAGUAUUCUUUCCAAGAGUGAGCUCAUCACUCCCUAGGUUAUGACCCUAAUUCUUGGUGAUCCUUAAUGGGCAUAUUCUCAGAAGAAAAGCAGGGAUGAGGGUAUCCAGGAGUGCUAGAGGGUGAUAUUACCUUCAGUUAGUCUGUUUCCUGACAUACAGAGCCCCAGGGCACGAUGGGGGCCAUCUUCAGGUCAGCUUGACUUACUCUUCCUCUUCUGUGAUUCUACAACUUUAUUUUAAAUUUGUAUGAGUCAUGUGACCACAAAACAAUCCUAAAGAGAGGAACAAGAGUCUCCACAUAGUUCCCUAUAUUCUGGACUCUUUGUACCCCAUGCUUCUCCCUAAAUCACAGGUCAACUUUCAUUUAAGAAAAAUAGCACUUGCAUAGUCCUUUAUGGUUUGCAAAGUACGUUAUAAAUGUUACCUCAUUUGAUCCUCACCGCAAACCUGGGGAACAAGGUGCUAUUCUUAUCCCCACUUUACAGUUGAGGAAACUGAGGCAGUUGGAAGUUAAAGUGACCUGCCCAGGUUCAUACAACUAGGUUGAAUUUGAACUCAAGUCUUCCUGAUGCCAGGUCCUGUAUUCCAUCCAUUGGGAUACCUAACUGCUGAGUUAGUCAUUCAAGAGAAGCUGGCCAUCUGGUGAGAGUGAAGCAUGACUGAUGGGCUGCCCAUAUGUUCUACUGGUUCCCUUAGAAUGCCAGGAGAAAACACAGGUGGCCUUCAGAACAUUGAGUAGAACACAAAAUUGCCCAGACCAUCUUAGGAGAGGACAUGGAAAAGAGUGACAGAGGCUGAGCAGGUAGGGAUGGGCUGUAAUCAGCAUCAUUGGAGGAAGUGUCUGAGAUGAUUAUAUUCCUUGAGAAUAACUCCUGAAUGGAAAGUGGCCAUUGAAAGGGAUGGUCCUGGGACCCAAGUCACUGGAAAUGCUACCCUCUUCAUCUUUCAACUGAGGUCCCUGAGAUUUGCAGAGGGAAAGGGGUUCACUCAAGGUUACCCAAAGAGAGCAGGUCACAGGCAGGAUCAGAACCCCAGAGCUCUGGGUCUGCUAUGCCAUAGUAUUAGCCAUGCCCCGAGAUCAUUUGAAAAUGGAAUAAAAGUUUUUUCAAUCUAUGGAUUCCCUAGACAUGGCACCAGGACACUUAUGAACCCUUUGGCCUUGCGUAAGCCAUUUAACUUAGUCUGUUUUCCUAAGUCUGUUCUUUAUCUAUAAAAUGGGCAUAACACUUGUGCCAUCUACCUGGGAGGGGGGUGAAGGAGACAUUUUGUAGACCUCAAAAUAUGAUAUUUGUAGCUUCUAAGUACUAAUGAUUUUUUAAAUAUUCUGAACUUAACCAACCCCAAAUAAAAUGAACAUUUCCAUAGGUAAAGUAAAAGAGCAAAAGAGGAUUUCAUAUGCAUCCAGGAAACUCAUUCAUUGGAUUGAAAAACUUGCUUUUCCUUGUAAGUAGUGUAAAAAUUAAAAUUAAUGUCAAUGAUUGAAAUGUUAUAUUUUAGGAGAUGUAUUAAUGAUCAUUAGAAAUCAAGGAAUAAAGAGGAUACAAAAUAAAGACUGAUGGCUGAUGAGCCCAUUUAAAAUCCCUGCCCUUAGCUUACCACCACCACCAUGUUGGCUGCAAGCCAAAGAGCCCCAAGACGACCACCCAUCGCUAAUAUCCUUUGUCUACAGGAAGUAUGUAUCAACAGGAAGUCAGUUGGCUCCUGGGAAAUGUAGUUCUUUUUUAGGGUAACAGAUUUUCAAUUAUACAGUAGAGAAACAAUUCUAUCUAACUCUUCCGAAGCAGUUCUGUCGCCUGCCUCCCUUCUCUUCCCUUCUGUACAGUGAAUGAAACUCAUCAGUGAGAUUCUUUUCAUUUCUUUGGACAAAUCUAUUGUUCUCUCCCUGACCUUGCCCACCCCCUACUAGGAAAGAGAGGAAAAGAACAAAAAAGAAAGAAACCCCUUAGAACUAAUAAACAUAAGUUAAGCCAAACAAAUCCCACACUGGCUAGGCAGACAAAUGUCUGUCUCCUUGUGCCCUCUGCUUCUUCACCUCUCUCAAGAGGAGGGCAAAAACCUGCUUCAUUACUGUUCCUCUGAAAGGGUGAUCUUGUUCCUGGCACUAACCAGACAUCCUUCAAAAUAAACUCUUUACAACAUUGUUAUAAUCAUUGUCUACAUCACUCUGUUGGUCCUGCUCACUUCACUCUGCAUCAGCUCAUCUAAAUCUUCCCAAGUUCCUCUACAACCAUCUCAUUCUUUUCCUUUUCCUCCUUUGAGAUGAGAAUAUUGUCAUCAUUAUUGUAAUCCUAUCCUGCAAGGCUUCAGUUUUAGAAGAAUUUUGUCUUCUAGUUAAUAAAGAAGUCAAUGUAGUUAUAAAAUUGUCACAAAUAUAGAAGGCUCUCACUACAAGGAAUAUUUUAAUUGAGAAAUGGGGCCUUUGAAGCCAGCAUUCACCAGAAUGUCAUUUUCUUAGAAUUGUCCAUCUUAAGACAUGGGCCACAAGGCAGGUCAAGGGUCUCAGAAGGACUAAGUUUGAAUCUUUCAACUGACAGCAAGGAAGGACUAGGAAGUAGUAAAGUAGAAAAAGAAAACUUUCUUAAAUAUCCAGGAGAAUCAUAGAUCUUCAGCUCAGAAGUCAUGUAAUCAGGUGAGGAAACAGGCCCACUGAGUUGAAAUUUCAAAGCUAUACAGGUAGUAGGUAUCUGGGACAGAAUUUGGACCAACAUCCUCUCAUUCCAAAUUCAAUGCUUAAAAAAAUUAAUACCUUAAAUUUCAAAGAGUCAAGGAACUGUACAAAGCAGGGCCUGACUAGAUUUCUCUAAAGUUACUUAUAUGCAAAGAGAGUAAUGUCUGGGCUCCUCAGGGGCUCCCCAGUGGUGGCAGUCUACUUGAUUAUCUAGGCCAUAACACUUUAUCACUCUCUACCUCUCACUGCCAAAGGGCCUUCCUUCACAGAUUCAUUGUCAAAACUCAUUUGGUUUCUUAUAGUGUAACCAUAGGAUCUAUAUGUCUGAUUUCCUUUAAUACCAAUGUUUUGGAAAGCUUUUUUAAGGUGUGUAUUUGGAGGGUGGGGGAGUGAUUCUAGCCCUUGGAGGCAGACCUUUGUGCAGACUUGAAAAGACCAAGGUCAUGUUCUAGCAUGUAUGGAGACAACAGCCUCUCCCAGUAGCGCACAAGCCCUUCCAAGAGACUGACUCAAUGGCUUUGCCUAGAGUGAUUUCUGGAGGAAGCAGAUGUCUGUAUUUGACAUGUUACCCAGCAGGGGAGGCUAUGAAAAAAUAGGGAUGCUAAUGCACUGUUGGGGGAGUUGUAAACUGAUCCAUCCAUCUGGAGAACAACUUAGAACUAACAUGCCCAAAGGGCUAUAAAACUGACCCAGCAAUGCCACUACUAGGUCUGUACCCCCAAAGAGAUCAAAGAAAAGGAAAAAGGACCUAUUUGUUAAAAAACGUUUAUUGCAGCUCUUUUUGUGGGGGCAAAGAAUUGGAAAUUUAGGGAAUGCCCAUCAGUCAAGGAAUGCUUGAACAAGUGGUAGCAUAUAUGACUGUAAUGGAAUACUAUUGUGCUAUAAAAAAUGAUGAACAGAAUGAGUUCAGGAAAAAAGCCUGAAAAUUUCCAUGAACUGAUGCAAAAUGAAUUGAGCAGAACCAGAGCAGCAACAGCAAUAUUGUACAAUGAUCAACUAGGGUCGGCUUAGCUAUUCUCAGCAAUACAGUGACCCAAGACAGUCCCAAAGAAUUCAUGAUGAAAAAUGCUAUCCCUCUCCAGAGGAAGAAUUAAUGGAGCCUGAAAGCAGACAGAAGCAGAUUGUUUUUUAGUUCAUUUAUCUUGCCUUUUUUUUUUUGCAACAUGGCUAAUAUAGAAAUAUGUUUUAUACAAAUUCACAUACAUAGUGGGCCUCAUUGUUUGUCUUCUCAUUGGAUGAGGAAGAGGAAGGAGAAUAUUUGGAACUCAAAGUUUUAAAAAAUGACAUGUUAUCCAAUAGGAGCCCCAGUUUUACUCAAAGGUAACUGCUGCAAUUAAUACGAAAAAUUCACUCUAAAAAAAACUUGAUCUAGAGUGGUCCUGCCUUACAAAACUUUAGCUCUCACCUUCCUGCCCCUCAUAUCUUUAUGUAGAAUCUUUUUGUUCUUACUAGUUUUAUGAAUGAAUAAAAAGACACUCCCUGGCCAAAUAUGCCAAUAGCAUGAUAAUAAUAAUGAUGAUAAUGCUUGGCAUUUACUUUGACCAAGUCAAGGGUUCCUAACCUUUUUUUCCAUCCAAAGAAACAGUUGAGUUACUAUCUGUAAAGCCCUUAGCUCAGUGGCUGGCCUGAAGUAGGCACUGCAUAACUUCUUAUUCCCUCUCUCUUUCCCCAUCUCAGAUCACCCGGUUUUCAGUAAAACUUGCCUUACUCCCUCUCCUUUCCUUAAUCCAUCCAAUGCAGCAUGAAAGGGAAUCUAUCCCAGAGCUCACCACACAUGUGUACAGAAGAAAUCCCAUGGACUUAUCUCAAUAGGAUAAUACGGUUGCUGACCGAACUGUCCCCCACAGGUGACCAUCCUUUGAGCCUCACAACAAUCCUGGGAAGUAGGCACUAGAGGUUGUAUUAUUUCCAUUUUACAGAGAAAGAAACUGAGGCUCAGAGGUCAAGUGACUUGCUCAAGGCCACAUAGAGUUGGAAUCAGAAUGAAAUCUAAAGCCAUAGCUUAUCUACAAGUUCACCGUCAUUGUACCCAUAGCCCUUCCCAGUCAAGGCCAAUCCCUCUGCUUCAAGUCAACCCUUCACAUGCUAUCCUCCCUUAUUCCCAGUGCCUUUGGCCAACCCUCCUAUGGCCCAGCUGCCAGGGUUGCCCUCCAGCUCUGCCCCAGCUUUCCAUUCAGUGGUUUUGAUGCCCAAGAUGUGGCCAGACCAGAGCUAAAUGCCGGGGGAUCAGAUCUUCCAAUCCUCAAGCCCCUGCCAUCUUGUCAACAUGGUCCCUUCUUCCAUUAGGGCACUCACAUGCAGCCUCUCUAUUAUAGGCAAAGCCAGACUGAGGUUGAGCCCUUCUCAAUAUGGCCAUUCUGGCCUCCAGAUGUCCAAGCUGGCACCCUCUGAUUCCCUCUGGACCAAGAUUGGAGAUGGUGGGGCUCUCACACUCCACUCAAGUCCCUCAGGGCUUUGCGGCCAGAAGAGUCUUCCAGCUAUCUCUUACACACACACAGCCACAACGACUCCUUGGGCAGUAUGCUUGUGUACUCAGUGCUGGGAAAGGACCCAAAUCUUCUUAGAUUUGGCUCCCCCCCCCAAUCUGGUAGUCUUUUCCCUCUGAUACUAUGCACCCCCACACUGGCUCUUCCUCUCAGCUUUGCGUGCUGCUGGCCAGGCCUACAUCUGAGUCAGAGGACCAGUCAGAACUACAAGCAAUGUGAAAGGCUCGCUGAUUCAGUCUUCUCGUUUUACAGAAGAGAAACUGAGGCCCAGAGACAGUGGAGGAGCUGUCUGAGGUCAAACAGAGGCAGUAAGUGGAAGAACCAGGAUUCAAACCCAGCUCCUCUGACUCCAGAUUCAGUGUUCUUCCCAACUGAUAAUGUUGAAUAUAAUCCCAAGCUACGAACAGUCCUUGGGAGUCCUCUGGAGACCUUUCAGACUGGCCUUGGUACACUGACAACCACUUAACAAAUAGAUCGUUCCAAAUAGACCUGGUUCUAUUCAGCCUGCAUUUCCCCAUCUUGUUUGCAACAAUACAAGAACUGGUGUGCUGGGACAUCCCCAUAUCUGGCAGUGUUGGGUUUGUCAAAAAUGAAACUGAGGUCAGAUUUAUUUUCAUAACUCAGAUGGGAGUUAUGCUUAGCAGACCCAUGUAUGGCUCAGGGAUCUUUGUCUCUAGUCUCAUUGCUCAGGCCAGCCCCGGCUGGCUCUCCAAGGUGCUAGAUGGAGCCCUGGCAAAAGUCUUCCAGUGCUGUCCGGAGCCUUUUUGCCAAUGGUUUUAGGUAAUGCAAAGGGGCAAAGGAGUCACUUGGUUCAAACCACAGUCCAAAAUAGACUUUUAGUGUCUAUUUUGUGUCUAUUUUAGUGUCUGUCAUUUCCCCACCUUGUCUCCUUCAGAAUAUCCUGAGGAAUAGAGGAAUAGAGAUGGCAGAGCAGCCUUGCCCUCUUAGCCUGAACCAAGCAACUCCUUUGCCCCAUUGCAUUGUCCAAAAGUUUUAUGUUCCUGACCAAAGACUUAACUUGCACUUGCCCUGUGUCGUCUUAGCCAUGUACUUCCCUAACCAAUCCAAAAUGUACCACCAAGUAGCAAGAGUUAACAAUAAUAAUAAUAGCUAACAUUUAUGGAACACUUUGGGCCAACCACUUUGCAAUUAUUCCCUUAUUUGAUCCUCACAACAGUUCUAAAAGGUAGGUGCUAUUAUCAUCCCCAUUUUGCGGAUGAGCAAAUGGAAGCAAACACAUUGGGCUUUGGGGGAAAUGGCUUUAGCAGCCAAUUCCAAUAAUGUUCUAUGUUCACUGUACCGAUUUUUCAUCUUUGUUGUUGUUAUUCCUGUCCCUUUUUUCCUCUUGAAAAAAUCAGAAGAGAAUGAACCCUCAUUAGGUAACAGAAUUUAUGAAUGCCUUUGGGUAGGUUUUUCCAGGUAUCUCUGGAGAAAUUUUGGUGCUCAAGGGCUUCCCGGGACAUUGAGGCCAGGCAAGUGUUUGCCUUGAUGCUUUUGGAAAUGCUCUGUAUUGUAUCAGACUGACACAAGCAGUCCUGUCCCUCACUUUUUGCCUGUGUGACUCUAGGGAUGCCCCCUCUUAGUUUCCUCUCCUGUGAAAUGAAGAGGUUGGACUCACUGGCCUCAAAGGUACCAGUUCCCUGCCAGCUCUGGGUCUGGGAUUCUUUGACUUGUGCCCUGGGUAAGACAAGGCAGGGCUGGCUCAGUAGCAUUGUACUUGUAUGACAGUGCCAAACACACAAUGCUCCCCAAAUUCAGUCAUUCAUCUUGCCUUGUAGCAGUCAACUGAGGACAUCACUCUCUAUAUAUAUUUUUUCCUUCUUAACAGUCCUUUAAUACUUCAGAAAGAAAUAUAACUAAACGCAAAUGACUUAUUAAAAAGCCAAACUAACAAGCAUCCAAAGAGCAGUUUAUUUCAAAGUUGUCAUUUCCCCCCAAAAUAUUUUUGAACUGUCUUCCAACUCAGAUUAGAAAUCCAAUCUCGGGGGAUUCCUGAAAUCACCAAAUUCUAUUCUCUUACAUUUUUUCCCCUUCCCUCCUUCCAUCACUCCCUUCUCUGAUUACUCAGCCAGUGGACUUGAGCUGCCCACUGUCAAGGCUUUCUAGAUCUAUGAGACUUAAGAUAAAGAGGUUCAAUGAAGUGAGGGAGCCAACCAGGGCCAGGAGCCCAGGAAAAACUUUAUGAGAAAGACAACAGGAAGCUGGCUAACUGUCUGAGUUCAUUGGUGUGUUCUUUUACUUUUCUAAGUGGGUGUAAAUGGCCAAGCACUGUGAGUGCUGCCCUGGGUAAAUCUGGAACUUCCUGUACUGUAUGUUUAUAAAGCAAAUAGGGGGCAAUAUACUCUAUUGACUAAGACUUACAAGAGAAAACAGUUGAAUUGAUGAGAAAUAAUAUUUUAUUUACCUUUAAGGCUGAUGCUUGAGGGAGAGCAAAACAGUGUAUGUAAACUUCUAUGGAAGUUCUAGAGGGGCCUCACCGGCACUUUGAAGGGCUUCAGACUACAGGUUAAUGACACUGCUUCUCCUGAUAACUAGGAUUAGGGAUUUUUGUUCUUUGCCAUACAGAUAACAUAAAAUUUUAAAUGGGCAAAAAUCAGAUGGAAAAGUUGGGAGAGAGUGAUAGAGUUCUAAUUUGCUCAGUUCCAAGUUUGGUGAAAGAGGAAAAGAAGGAAUCAGGCAUUUAUACUAACUCCCUUGGGAGAAGAAAGGAGAUGGUGGGGGAAAGCAUUUGCAUCUUCUCUAGGCAUGGAACAGGUACGUUGUGGAUUAACAGUUGAUGUCAGUCCUCCUUGGGUGUGACUGGAGUCUCCUGCCCAUAAUUACUUAUAAACCUUUUAUUCUGGAGAAAUGGAUAUCUAAAGCACAAGCUGUUCAAAAUAGCAAGGGCUCUAGUCUAGUAGCAUCACCUUUGCUUUGGUCUCUAGAACUCUGGUCUUUAUGCAUCUCUUCCUGAAAGAUUUUGUCUAGUCCUCACCUCAUUUAUUGUUCUGAUUCUCUAUGGCUGUGGUGUUAACCUUUCACUGGUCAGAAGACAUGCUAGGUCUAGGUCAAUCUAUUGUUCUUCAUGUUGACCACUGAGAGUUUCUUUGGCCAAGAUCUAUGUGAUUCCCAAGGAGAAGAUGGAAGAGAAGGGAAGUGGCUUGGAAAAUAGAAAAAGGGCAAAGGAAGGCAGUUUGCAACUGGCCAUGCUUAUUAAAAAAGGGCUAUAAAUUGAGAAUUCAUAACUCAGCAAAUGCCUGUAUUCCUCCUGUGUUAUUAAAUCUUGACUAAAAUUGCAGUCAGACUGUUGUUCUUUCAUGGAACUAUGGAAUCUGGGAGGGCUGUAGAUCAUUUUAUAGAUUGAUAGUCUGUUAUUAAGUCAUUGAAUUGAGAGUUGCCAAAGGCAGAAUGGGAAGUUGCAGAAGGUAUCUAAAAAGAAAUGUUGGUUUAGUUAAAGAACUAUUCAUCUCUUUGCUACCUUUGGAAGCAUUGAGAAGAGCAUAGGUGUUUCUGGAUCUACCCUCAGGGCUUCUCAUCUUUAAGGAGGACUCCUGUUGGCCUUCCUGACAUUAUGCUUAUUCUGCCCCUUUCUUCCUCUUCCUUCUCCUCCUUCUUCCUUUCUUUCUCCAGAUUCAUCAUUAUUUUCAUUUUCUCCUAACUCAUCAAUAAUGUCCUUGGAAAAAGUAGCUGUUUCUACUCUCUGUCACUACUAAAGAUGCUCUUUAUUUCCCUUGUAAGAUCUAGAUGAAGAUCAAAUGGGAAAUAUCUACCAUUUACCAGGAAAUUUGUGAGAUCAGGCCGGCCACUCCUCACCUGUUGCCCCCCCCCAAAGAGAACAGGUGCUUGGUAAAAUCUCAGCCAAAUGUCUUGGUCUCCUGGAGUAGGCGUAUUUGUACUUCUUGAUACCUCACUUUUCUGAUUCUAUUAUGUUUAACAAACAUUUAUUAUUGAUGAAUUAUUUCCAAAUAUCAUACAAACCCUUAGUGUGUUCCCUUUUCAGUCUCAAAACCUAGUAUAGAUCCUGGCGCAUGGAAGGGCCUCAAUAAACAUUUGGGGAAUAAAAAAAGAUUCUCCAUAGAAUACAAUCCUGACCCUCCUAAGUCAUCCUUUCUCCAGGUAUCCCCAGAUCUUCUUAUGGGUCUUCAUAUAAUGUGGACUUAAGAUCUUUUGCCAUCCUCCCUUCCUUCCCUUGGACUGUUUUUAGCUUAAACUGUGGUGCCCAGAUCUGAGCCCAGUACACCUAGUGAGGUCUGACAAGGGCAGAGGAUAAUGGAACUCACCCCUCCCUGUCCCCAAAGACUGUAUUCCUCUUAAUGUAGUACCAGGUCACAUUGUCCUUCAUUGAGUAGCAGUCUAAUAAAACCCUUGGGUCUUUUUCAAACAAGCAGGUCUUAAACCAGGCCUUCUCCAUUCAGUUGAUUUUUUGAACCCAUGUGGAAACCUUUACAUUUAUUCUUAUUGAAUUUCACUUUAUUUGAUUCAGUUGAGUGAUGAGACUGAGAAAAGGAAACUAAGAAGCAUAAUAUAGAGCCCCAACCUAGAGAAAGGAAGAUAUGAAUUCAAAUCCAGACUCAUAUACUCCUUAGUAGUGGAACCCUGGGAAGGUCACUUUACUAACACUUGCCUUGGUUUCCUUAUCUGUAAAAACUGCCAUCAUAACUACUUCCUUUGUGAAGUGGUAGAGAAAUUAAAAGAACUUAGUUUUUGUAAACCUUUAAGUAGGAGAUAGUUUGGUGACUCUAUAGGUAAAAUGGAUAAAGACCCAAGUUUAAAUCUGAUCUCAGACACUUACCAACUGUGUGACCCUGAGCAAUUGCCUUAAAACACUGGAGAAGGAAAUGGCAAACCACUCUACUAUCUUUACCAAGAAAACCCCAUAGACAGUGUGGUCCCCCUGGGAACAACAAUAAAACCUUACAUACUAUAGAAAUGUUAGCUUUAGAGCUCUUAUUCAAGACCUCUUAGGCCCUGAGUGUCAUUCUUUGUUUUAUAAGUUAUUCUUUUAUUUUUGCAUUACUUUCAUUUUUUUCUAUUUUUCUUCAACCUGUCUCAUUUGGUUUUUUAAUUCCUUUUUGAGUUUUUUUAGUGCUUGAGUACAAUUUCCAUUUUUCUUUGAAGUUUUUAAUGUAGUUGCUUGGAUCUCACAGUCUCCUGUUGACUCUAUGUUUUGCUCUUUAUCUCCAUAGAAAUUUUCUAGGGUUGGGUGUUUCUUCUGCUGUUUGCUCAUUUUCUUAGCUUUUUAUUUUUUGCCUGUGGGCUGGGAAUUCUGAAAGCUUUCUGUCUCCUCUGCUGCUGACUUGCAGGGCUCAGCAUUUUGCUCUGGGGUUAGGUCUUCACAGCAGCCCAGGAUUAAAAAGGCCAAGCACUAUGGAAUUUUGGGCCUCACUGGGAUGGGGUGCUUUAAGGGGUGGUUCUGGAGUGCUCUGUUGCUGCUGUAUCCAGGAUCCUGAGAUAUAAGAUUGGCCUAUGCCAAGACCUUGAACCUGGAACAAUAGGUGGGGGUGGUCUACUAUGUGCAGUUUUGCUUCCAAUGCCCCCUUAUCUUAUGAAAAUCCUGUGAAAAUUGACUCUCUCUUUCAAGUUGUAUUAAGCAUCUCUCCAUCUUGCUGUUGGUUUUUGAUUCUUGUCAUUUUGAGGCACUGUUUAAAAAUUGGUUUAGAUUCUAAACAGGGGUCUCCAAACUUUUUAGACAGGGGGCCAGCUCACUGUCCCUCAGACUGUUGGAGGGCCGGACUAUAAAAACCUAACCCUAACCCUAACCCUAACCAGGCAGCAGUAUACAGAGUGCGGAAUACCCUCCCCCAGAUCUCCACUCACCAUGCUGACGUCUUCCAUUGUGCAGCCACAUAAUCCUUUUUUAAACUUUGCCUCAUUGUAAGGCACCACACAAAGGAUUAUGUCACCAGAAGUAGUACUGUACGUGAGCAAUGCUGCACUUUGCAGUGAUGCCACAGAGAGUGCUCCUCUCACUGACCACCAAUGAAAGAGGUGCCCCUUCUGGAAGUGCAGUGGGGACCAGAUUAAUGGCCUCAGGGGGCCACAAUUGGGAACCUUUGGUUUAGAAGGAUUGUCAGAGUGGUUUCAGCUUUUACUGCUACUAAGCCACCAUUUUGGCUCCACCCCUAUGAAGGAGUGACUGCUGUCCAUUGUGUCAAGCAAUCCCUUCCCUCCUUAUCAUCCAUAAAUUUGAUGCAUCUUUAUCUGUCAUUGAUAAAAAUUUCCAUCAGUCCAGAGCCAAGGCCAGAUCCCCAGGUGCCACCAUACCAUAAAUUUCCUCCCAUGUUGACUUUUGCCAUAGAGGUCUUCCCAUCUAACCCUCUGAUUUUACAGAAAACUGAGGCAUAGAAGAAGAGGGGGGAAAAAGGAAAAGGAAAAAUGACUUGUUAGGAAGAGUCAGGAAGUCAGUGGCAUGGCUGGGAUUUGAACUGAGGUCCUCUGUCCCAAAAACCAACACUCCCUCCAUUGUUCCAUGCUUCUGGGGCCAUGACAGAUGAGGCUUAAAGUAGCUUCCCUUUCUAAGAGCUCACAAACCAUCCCAUUAACAAACUAGUUUAGAAUUUGUCUCCCAGUGGCUCCUCUUCUCCCUCCACCAGAGGGAAAGGACUAGGAAUUAUCCCACCUCAGCCCAAACCUUUCCCCAACUUGGUCUUUUCUGCCUGCUGGUUUAAGAGCCAGCCUGAGGGGGAAGUUCCUAUAGCCUUGGAUCCAAGUCCAAAAGAACCCAAGCCUGGCUCAGGAGCAGGCCUUGUUUGUCUAGUUGGCAAAGAUUGAUAUUGAAUGUUAUUUUCUACUUAGUAAAUAUCUGCUAGGUGCUGAGUGCCACCACUGUGAAAAUAAAAGUCACUGGGUCCCUGCUCCAUUAAGGGGCUUCCAUUCUAUGGAGUAGAUGGGGAUAUGCUUGAGCCCAGAGGGAUCAAUUUAAGAUUAUUUGAGGAAGGGCUGGAGAUGGUGGAGUAGCCCCAUACAUACAAACAAUCCUUGAGCUUUGGGCUAAUCUUCUAAAGAGAUCAUAGAUGAGGGUAGCUGCAGCAUCAGGAUUUUCAAAUUUGUUGCUCUCUUCCCUGGCAUACCAGGCAAUUUUGAUAUGAAUCAUAGAAGGCACCAGGCUAGAAAGGUGUUGCCCAAGAGCUCCAGAAAGGGAAAACAUUUCAAACCAAAGACACACAUAAUGGAUGCAUUAUUUUUUGAGCAAUAAUAAAACAUUUGAAAUUUCAAUCCAAGGUUGUUUUCUGAAAUUUAUCCUAACAAUGGAAUGGGCAUUUUUUGAAUUGGGAAAGAACCCCAAAAAACGUGGGAUUAGAGAGAGUUGGAAAGGAACAUGGGGGACUAAAUCACUUUAUUUUCCUCAUUUUACAAGUAGGGGAAAUGAAAUCCAGAGGGAUUUGCCCCAGGUGAGAGCAUUGAGGUCAGGAUUUAAACCUAGGUCUUCCUUGGAGAGCCUGUGCUCCAUAUACUACAUCUCCCUAUCUCUCAUUUAGUCCAUUCCAAAGUCAUUGUUUGACAAGACAGGAAACUAGGGCACAGAGAACUCUCCAGGUUCACAGAUUGAGAGUUGGAAGGGAUUUUGGAAACCAUUGAUCCCUUCAUGUUACCCAUCUCUCUCUCUCUCUCUCUCUCUCUCUCUCUCUCUCUCUCUCUCUCUCUCUCUCUCUCUCUCUCUCUCUCUCUCUCUCUCUCUCUCUCUCUCUCUCUCUCUCUCUCUCUCUCUCUCUGCCUUAUUUUGAAUCUUUUGUGCCAUGGGUUAUAACUGUAUUAACUUAGCUGGAACAGCUUUUGAUGACCAACCAGAAAACUUACUGUAGAUGAUGGGAUACAGAAAUGCUUAAUAAUUAACCUUUGUACCAUGUCUCUAUGGGGGUCCCUGAGCACCUUCCCACCUCCCUGCACUGAGUUGAUCUCAAUACUCAGAACUCUCACACUUGGAACUUUUAGACUUGAGUUGGCAGCUGAGUGGAUGGUCAAGUUAUGUCAUUCUGGAACCAUUGCCCCAUUAAACUUGCCCUUUGAUUCCUCUCUGCUUGGCUCUGGCUAAGGGGAAACUGACUCAAAGUUUGUCUGCUUGAGUAAAAUAUUAUACCAUUGACCCAGUAUAAACACCAAAGGUGGACAGGAGAAAAGGUUGAAAAACAAAAAAGGGGUAAAGCCUUUUUGAACAUCCUACAAUGAUGGAAAGUGGGUGAAGCUUCACAACAAAGAGCCACUGGCCAGAGGGGAUCAUCGUGCACAUGAAAUGUUUGGAAACAUCCUGAGUAGAGAAGGCAGAAUCUCUUGGCCCUGAAUAUUUCACAUGUUUGUCCUGGGCUUCCUGUAGCUUCCAUAAUUUGUUCACUUGUUUACUUUACUGGACUCUGUUCCCUCUCAGGAUCUCUGGGUGGUUGUUUUUGUUUUUUAAGUAUAUAUUCUCUACUUCUCCUAUUAUAACAAGCUGAUGUGUUUCAGAAAAGCAUGAGAAUUCAGAGUGUAUUGGGAAGUGUCCUAGAUUUGGCAAAGGAGACCCAGAGGGAUAUGCAAAAAUGACCUGCCUAGAGAUGUAGAAUAGCAAAAAGCUCUUAAACUUAAUGAGUUAAACCAUUUAUAAGUAAUUUUUCCAAUAAAGGAUCCUUCUAAAGAUGUAUUUUGGGGAUUGUGUGUGCAUUUCUUUGGACCUUGUUAGGUCUGCAUUCAAUUCCUCAUUCCUUAAUGUAUCCCCUUCAAGUCAGUGAUUCUAUGCCUUUCUAUCUAUUCAUUCUGUUUUCUCAUUUUAUUGAUUCUCAAAUUAUAUGAAUGGCUAAAGCCCAAGUAGGUGGUGCUUCAUUUUUCCCCUAAAUAGGAAAUGUGACCAGCCCUCUGAGAGGUAAUCACAUUGAAGCUGAAACAAGACUUUGAGAGUCCAGUGUUGUUGUUGAAUUGUUUCAGUUGCGUCUGAUUCUUGGUGACCCCGUUUGAGAUUUUCUUGGCAAAAAUACUGGAGGGGUUGGCAUUUCCUUCUCCAGUUCAUUUUAUAGAUGAGGAAACUGCAAGGUUAAGUGACUUGCCCAGGAUUACAAAACUAGUAAGUGUCUGAGGCUGGAUUUGAACUCUAGUCUUCUUGAAUCUAGGCCCUAAACUCUGUGCUCUAUGGCGCCACCUAGCUGCCUUGGCAGACAGGGACCAUGCCUCCUUAGAGUUCAUGAUGGUUAAAGAGGGGAAAUGUUGGGUAUAGACUGACAUGGGCCUUGUGUUUUAAGAGAACAGAUUUCAGAGAUCAGGUAUGGAUCGCAGGGCCCUUUCAGCUGAGAUACUUAUAGGGAAGUCAGGCCAAGAGCAAGGGGAGGCUUGAGAUCUCUUUUCCCCUGUUAGAGUAGGAAUCUUUGAGGGUAGAUCAUCCUUGGCACCUAAUACAACAUCUAGGACAUGGAAAGCUCCUAACAGGAAGCUUUUCAGUAUGAAUCAGGAAGAAAAAGAGGUAGUGAGUGCUGAAAAAGCUAAUGGGCAGGGAGCUCACUGACAAACAAGAGAACUGAUCAAAAAAAGGAAAAAUAAAGUUCUGAAAGAAUGGUAUCACUGAAGCUAAAGCCCAGGUUGAGAGGGUGCUCGGGAAGAUUGCUACAGAUGGAAAAAAAAAUCCUUUCUCUCCCGCACCCCACAUUGGUUAAGAGCAAGAGAAAGUGGAGGGAAUUGAAAACUCCAGUAAGUGAGGAACUGAGAUAGAGAGCCCCUGAGUUCCAGGCACCAGCCCAGCAUGAAAAGAUCUAGCCUUCAUGAUCACUCAAGUGCUCCAGGGCAUCUCUGAGAGACUGAGCAGGGGUGCCACCAGCGUGGAGGUGGGUUAGGGCCCCAGUGUCCAAUGAGAGAAGGUAAAUACUUUGACCCACUGACAUCAAUGCCUGGUAAAAUUCUAUGCCUGAAGAACUUGGGGCCAGAGGAGGGAGGGUUCUUAGCCCUUUGGAGAGUUGUGAUUACUGCAAACCAGAAUGAAUUCAGCCAGUAAGUAGUUAGACCAGACUCAUUUGGAGAGGUUGACUUUACUGUACCAAAGGAGAGGAAAGAGGAAGUGCCAGGGGCAUAGUAAGUUAGCAUUUCCACAAGACACCUGAUCAAGGCUGCCAGGCUCUCUUUGUGGAUGAGACUAGCUGAUCAAGAACAUUCCAGUAUACCUGGGAUUCACAUGGAGCACUUGUCAGACCCCCAGUAAAGAGAAGAGCUUAAAGACCUAUAAAGGGUCCAGCAUCACUUUGCCAAGAUGGUAGACACCGAGAGCCAGAUCUGCCCCCUUUCCCCACUUGAUGAUGAUGACCUGGAAAGUCCACUUUCUGAAGAGUUCCUCCAAGAGAUGGGGAGCAUCCAGGAUAUCUCACAGUCCAUUGGGGAUGACAGCUCCGGGGCAUUCACUUUUGCAGACUAUCAUUGCUUGGGAAGUGGUCCAGGAUCUGAUGGGUCCAUCAUUACCGACACCCUUUCCCCGGCGUCCAGCCCUUCCUCUGUGAAUUACACCCCAGUGGUGGGCAGUGCCGAAGACUCUGCUACCACGACCUUAAACAUCGAGUGCAGGAUUUGUGGGGACAAAGCCUCAGGCUACCACUAUGGUGUGCACGCUUGUGAAGGAUGUAAGGGGUUUUUUCGGAGGACCAUUCGCCUUAAGCUGGCCUAUGACAAGUGUGACCGCAGCUGUAAAAUCCAAAAAAAGAACCGUAAUAAGUGUCAAUAUUGCCGUUUCCAGAAGUGCCUUUCAGUGGGAAUGUCACACAAUGCCAUCCGUUUUGGGAGAAUGCCAAGGUCUGAGAAAGCCAAACUCAAAGCAGAGAUUCUUACAUGCGAACACGAUCUGGAAGACUCUGAAAUUGCCGACCUCAAGUCACUUGCCAAGCGAAUUUAUGAAGCUUACCUAAAGAACUUUAACAUGAACAAGAUCAAGGCCAGAGUCAUCCUGGCAGGGAAAGCCAGCAACAACCCACCUUUUGUUAUACAUGACAUGGAAACCCUGUGCAUGGCGGAAAAGACACUGGUGGCCAAGCUGGUGGCCAACGGCAUUCAGAACAAGGAGGCAGAGGUCCGGAUAUUCCACUGCUGCCAGUGUACCUCCGUAGAGACUGUCACAGAACUGACGGAGUUUGCUAAAUCCAUCCCUGGCUUCGCGAGCCUAGACCUGAAUGAUCAGGUGACUUUGUUAAAGUACGGGGUCUACGAAGCUAUCUUCGCCAUGCUGUCGUCGGUCAUGAACAAAGACGGCAUGUUAGUGGCUUAUGGAAAUGGCUUCAUAACCCGUGAGUUCCUGAAAAGUUUAAGAAAACCAUUUUGUGACAUCAUGGAACCUAAAUUUGAUUUUGCAAUGAAAUUCAAUGCCUUGGAACUAGAUGAUAGCGACAUUUCCCUUUUCGUGGCUGCUAUAAUUUGCUGUGGAGAUCGGCCGGGCCUCCUGAAUGUGGGACACAUUGAGAGAAUGCAGGAGAGCAUUGUACAUGUACUUCAGCUCCACCUGCAGAACAACCAUCCCGAUGACGCCUUCCUCUUCCCCAAGCUGCUCCAGAAGAUGGCUGACCUUCGGCAGCUGGUUACAGAGCAUGCACAGCUGGUGCAGGUCAUCAAAAAGACUGAGUCUGAUGCUGCCCUGCAUCCCCUCCUGCAAGAAAUCUACAGGGAUAUGUAUUAAUUUGUUUAGUUGUUUGUUUUUUUAAAGACAGAACUUUUCCAGGAUAUUUAAAGCCAACAGCCAUAUUAAUGAUAGAUGGGAGCAAAGACUUUGCACAAAUGUCAGCUGUGUUUUAAUCCUAGAAGGUGGAAAUCAAUCAUAUGGUCUAGAUAACUGGAACGCCACAUUUCUAUUGGUUUUUGAAACAGGAUUUCAGAAUUUGCCAAGAAUCCAAAAGGUGAUGAUGAGAGGGUUUUGAGUAGUUGGGCUAGAAGAGGGGAAUUCAGGAGAAUGUGUUGGGCAAUGAGGUGUUCCAUCUGAUUCUGUUAAGACACGUGAUUCUGAUCAAUGCAGAUUUAUUUAUAUUAUGUUAGUGAUUUAGCAUUUGGUUAAUCGGUAACCUCAUAAUAAGGACUUUGUCUUCUCCACUUAUCACAUUUUCGUUCUAUGCCCGUCUGAAAAACAAGCAGCCCUUUCUGAUAAUGCCCCAUUGAGUCAUCAUUGGGGUACUUGGAAGGACUGUGGGGGUUCAAUAAGCAGCAAAGGAUUUCUUGCAACCACUUUGAUUCCAUCAUUUCCUGAAGAAUAAUGUUACUAGGACCUUUUCAAAGGAUCUUUUUUCUUUUUUUAAUAGUCAAAAUCCACAGGUUGAAUGCGCUACCAACAUUUACUGUCAUUGAAACUGGGCAAAGUCAGCUGAUCUCAAAUUUGUGCAGCAAACUCCAGAAUAAUGUUUUCCAAUCAAACCCAGAAAGCGUUGCCUUCCAGAAUCCAUAAGGACUUCAGUGCUUAACAUCAUCAAUUCUAAAUUGCUUUGUGGGUAAGCAAGAAUGAGGAAUGACAUCUGAAUCUUAGGGUCUGAGUAUUAGGGCUAGAAAGGACUUUCUUACCUCAUCCAGCCAUUUUCAUCUCACAGUUGGCAAAUGGAAGCUCCUGGAGGAGGGGCUUCUUCUCACUUGAAAUGAGUAUGUGAUGGGCUGUCUUCCUGCCUUCCCUCCCAGAGCCAACAUACUACAUUCUUCUCUUGUUCUUUCAUUUCUUCACACCUGGGCUUGCUUACCUGACUGUCCUGCCCUCUUCCCUGAUUACAUCUAGCCUCAGUAAUGAUUUGGGAGGUUUGGGGCCAUUUCUUGUGAAACAGUCUCAGCUUCUGUGGUCUUCUCUUGCCUCUCCUUCUUAAGUCUUUCCACUGCCUUCUGGAUCCAUCAUUGCAUAAGGUCUCCUCCCCCAGGGAUGAGCCAGCAUGAUUUUAAUUUGGUUGGCUUUGGAAUAUGACUGCGUUUAAUUUAAACAACUCAUUUUCACUUGGCUGCAUUUUGUCAAAGGGUCUUCUUGAGUUCUUUUUUUUCCUACUACUUUUAAAUCUUUUUUUUUUUUGCUUGUUUGUAACAGAAACUUCUUAGUGGAGAAAUGAAGCCAGUUUGGUUGAAUAUGUCAGAGGAAAUGUGUGGAAAAGUUUAGUGAUUCUAUCCUCCUUUCUUUGCUAUAAAAGACUUCCCAGAGCCCGUUUCCAAAAUCCACAGAAAUGUUGAUCCCAAGAAUUAAAGAUCUCGUUCUAUAUUUCUAGCCAAUUCAGAGCUCAACAUUUGGAGUUAUCUAUCUAAACAUGUAGACUGGUGAUGUCUUCUUUUUACAUCCUAGUUCUAAUAGAUCAGCGGCCUUCAGAGCAUUAUGUCACUCAUGAUCCCUGCUCCCAGAACACUGCAUUUCCAUCUGGAUUCUGCUCAUUCACAUCCUGCCUUUUGAGGGACAAAGCCCUUUCUUUUCUAACCCUGAGCUCUGGAAACCAUAAGGACUUGAUGACUGAUGAGCUGCUCAGAUUCCUUGCCAUUGACCAUUCCCUCGUCUCAUUUCAUGUGGAGAUGGUGAUGUGUCAUGAUCAGGCUUGAGACUGUCAGGAAUUCUGCUAAGGAAGAACCUUAUUUACAGAGUUACAGAGAAGAGAAGAGAAAUCUACUGUAAAGGAAUUUUCAGCUUAUUUUUAAUGCCUAACAAACCUAAGUCCAUAAAUUUAGGGCCUUCUCAUUCUACAGAGAAGGAAACAGAGCCAGGAAGGCAGGGAUCUCCUGGGGUCACAGUGUCAGAGGUGGGAUUCACACCUAAGUCCUGUGGCCCCAGAGCUAGAAAAUGUGGGGCUGCUGACACCUCUUUGUAUCAUUCACCUCUAGCAAGCUCUCACUCUCUUUAAACACCGAGAAAGCACCAAGUUUCACGUCCAGCCACAUCAAGCUGAGCAGAGGCCAACACGUUAGACUGGAAGGCCAGUGUCAGGAGCUUUCAUUUAUCUAAGUUUGGGGUUCCUCUAUCCCAGCUGAGCUGAGUGAUCUCAGAUUCCCAUCUUCUGUGAGAUGUGCAGGUGUGCUUGAUGCCAGUCAGGCCAGCCUGAAGGGUGAUUUGGGCACAGCUCUGCUUGCGUCCCAACAGCACUUACAAUCAUAUACUUGUUGAGAGGGAUGUUUGUAGCAUCUCAUCGCCCAUUAAUGACCACAAAACUUUUGCUCCAUGUUUAAAUGUGUAUAAAUGUGCUUUGGCCACAUGAGGCCACAAAAGAGCCUGAUAGGCUCUUUUCCACAUGGCUCAGGGGGACCUCAGAGGGCAUUUGGCACAACCUCCUGCCAACACAGAGAAGCAAACUCCCCAGACAGGAGAAUCAGCCUACUCGAGGUCAGAUAGCCAGUUGGAAAUAAGUCAGAAAAACCCAAACUUCCUGCCUACCAUUCCAGUACUCUCCAUGUUCUCUUUAAAGUGGGAAAUCUGGAAAACCCAAGGAUUGCUCAUUGAAUUUUCCUCUUAAGCAAGUUUCAAAUCCCAAAGAAAAGGAUCAAUAGUCAUAUUCCUCUGGUGGUCCCUGCACAGAAAUGACUCUUGGGGCUUUUGUCUGUCUCCAUCUUACCCCAGGUUUGGGCAGAUCAUCUUUCAUAGCCCCACUGGCCAGAGUUUUAGUCCCUCUUCCAUGCUGAGCGGAACAGUGGGGUAACUCCCCUGUCUUGGAGGUCCAGCAAGAGCCAGGAAAGGAGCAUGGACUAAUGCUCUGCAAGGCUAUGUAGGCUUGUUUUCAUUCUGGGCUUGAAGGGGUCUGAGAAGGACAUGCCCUUACAGGAAUUCAGUGUUGCUUCAGAACUGAGAAUAAGUCCAAAGCUGUAUUUUCCCCAUCAUUGCCUCUAUCGAAGCUGGGUUUAAGACUAGGAUGUUUCUAUGUUUAAAACCAUGAAACAAUGUUGUUUAUUUUCUCUCUCCUCAAUCAUUUUUUCCCAUAGCUUUAUUACAACCCCUCUGUGGGAUUUGAAGUAUCUUUUUCCCCUUUUUAUUUAGAAAUGUUUUCCACGGUUCCAUGAUUCAUGAUUUUCCCUCCUUCCCCAUCCUCCCGGAACUGACAAGCAGUUCCACUGGUUAUUUCCAUGUGAUCUGUUAACACCAAAACCCUAAUCAGAUCCCCAUCGAACCAUGUGAUUGAUCCUGAUUUUCUGGAAGUAUAUUUUUAAAAGACAAUAAAAUUAGCAUCUAUUUGAUGUGGCAGCAUAUAGAGGGAGAUGUUUGACAGAUUGAGUACCAGAGGGCACCCAGGUCCCAGUCCCUGUUUAAAGAGAGGCUUUGCUUUUUUGUUCAAGGGAUGGACUCAAUAUUCCAGCCCCUAAAAAAUAGAGGCUCCUAUUGAAGCUAACAUUGGGCCAGACCUUCUUCCUCUGAAGGUCAGAAUUCGAUAACUACCAAAGGUAGAACCCUAGACCCUGUGGACUGAGUCCACCAAGGCUAACCCCCUCAAAGCUUAUAUUGAGGGAAAAGGAGGGAACAGUGGCAGCGGCAAGCCUGGAGCCAGGCCUUUGCCUCCAGCGAUCUUGUAACCAGCCCUUGUGGGCUCCAUCACUGGAGCAUGGGCAACAAGGACAAUGCAGACUUUUUUCAUGAUGUCAUCACAAGAUCCCACACUCCUGUGCAGUGCUCAGGAGAUGCUUAUGCAUGGGCAGUGCUAACAAACACUGGAACCUGCUAUUUUCUUUUACAGGGCUGAGAGAUGAAAGUAGAAAGGAUAGCCCCACGUAGGAAUGAAAAGGCUACACCCUCCUUCUCCUUAGACUUGAGUGUUCCUUGCUCCUUCAGAGCAGGUCACUCUGUCCUGACGUUCUCCCACUCCUCCCCUCCCUAAAUCCCUGAGUAUCCCACCAGGCAGAACACUGGGGUCUGUCUGUCACCAGUAAGGAGGCUACUGGGAAGCAGCCAAGCUAAAGCUGAUGAAGCCAAGACCCCAAAAUAAGCCCAAAUAAAAGGGUGCUUGCUGAGUUGUCAGGAAAGUGCCAAAGAAAUGGGUACAGUUGACAGCUUUGCACUGCCCUCAAUGAUGGGCGCUCCAAAAGCUGGCUCUGAAUGCCCACACUGGCACCCUGGCAGCCAUGACCUGCAGCUCUGCAAGCAAACAAGCAGCCAUAAUGAGAAGACUCCCGAGGCUCUCGGGAAGCUGUAGCAGGUGGAGGUCCCCAAAGGCAUAUCUCACCUCCUUUCUAUUUCCUUCUAAUGAAUCAUUUUCAUAUUUACAUUUGUGUCCAGAGCUGAUCUUGGUUUCCCAGCCAAUGGCAGAGGCCCAGUUCUCAGUGGGCAGGGUCUUCUGUAUGUAACCUGGGAGCCAAAGAGUGCUGGGUGCUCAUUUAUCAUAAAAGGAGAUAGAUAGGCUCUCAUCCCCAUUUUAUAAAGAAGGGAGCUGGGCCUGAGAAAGGUUGACUGCCUUGCUUAGGGAGCACCCCAGGACAUCAUAAACCUUCUACCCUGUCAACUCCCUCUGGGCCCCAAGAAGAGAAAAAAUCAACUGGCAGUGGCCAAGGAGUCAUUAUCAGCAGGGACUGCUGGCCCCACUGUUCUGUUAACUGUCAGCAGCACAAUGGGCUUGAACUUCCCUUCCCAAAGGUGCCCUGGCAUCAGCUCAACGUUGGUGUAAUAUAACUCUUAAGCGCCUAAGCUCCAGGCCAGGUCCUGACAUUUCCUCUAAGGUACAUCUCUAUGAGCCAAGUCAUUUCCUUCUGAGCCUCAGUUUCUUCCUUUGAAAAUGAGGAUAUUGAUACCAAGGUUGUCUAUCUCCCAGAAGAGCUAUAAGAAAAAGCCUUUAUCAAGCAUGGAGAGCCAUUUCUAAAUAAGUCUCUUGUCACAUCUAGAUUCAAAAGUUGCCUGGUUGGUAAAAAAAUGCAAAGACGUUUUAAUCUCCAUUAUCACACCCUCUCUGGGCCUCCCUCAGUUUCUCUUCUUGCUGGGCUUCAGUUCAAUCCUCUCAGCCUUUCAAGAAGUGGAUGAGGGUAUGUAUGAGGGAAAAGAGCUCUGGCACUUUCAUUUCACCAAUGGGUUACUUGGUUCUACAAACCCAAAACUGACCUGAUCCAUUAAAAAAAAAAAAAAAACUAAAACAGACUGUAGGAAAAGCCAGCCUCCUUUGUUUCCCUCCCUCCUUUGUUCUCUUCAUUCCCUCUCCCUUCCCCCUACCAGCAGCCACUUGCUGCAGCCCCUGAGGAUGAAGGUCAGGGGGGAACCAGAAGGAAGCCUGGCUCUGCCCCCAAUGCUGCUGGGAGGAGCUCACCUUUUCAGUUCUGAAAGCUUUAUCCUACCAGAAACACUCCCAGUGUGAAGAAUUCACCCUUUCAUUUGAUUCAAAAGAAUUCCUUUUCACAAGCUGAAUGUCUUUUAUUGAGUCACCCAAAGCUUUGGGGCUGUCUACUGAUGUUCCCAGAAGAGAUGGAAUCCCCCUUGUAAAACACAGUUGCUGUAUGAUUUGGGUCUGGCCUCAAGGGGAUGAUGCUGACAAAUCCUUUUGGAAGAUCCAUAGAUGAGAUACCACCUGCCAGCCAUCUCCCAGGACCUCGGUACCAUGUUUACAACAGUCAAGUGUAGCUUCAGAAGCCUCCAGGAAUGCUGGGAAACUCUAGCAAGCAAUGGCUCACUCAAUUUUUGGUAUGAUGGGAUAUUGCCAAAAAACAGUUUGGGGUGUCUGGACCCCUCUAGUAAGAGACGGUGAAGGACAGCCAAAAGCCUAGGAUUCCAGCCCUGUACCAUCCUGUGUGGCCUCUGUAGGCCAAAGUCUUCCCACAUGUCAGAAUGCUUAUACUGCCUGGUUCACCAGGCAAUUGUGAGGAAAGUACUUUUUACAUCAAAAGCUGAUGAAACAAAUGUCUUGGACCAGAGAUACCUUGUAAUGUCAGUUCAAAAAUGUAUGAGGAAUGAAGUUAAAUCUGACUUUUAAAAGUGGCUACAGGAGGGGGAAAUAGGAUACGAAGGUUAUUCCAGAAAGAUCCAAGCUGAAGGCAAAGCUAGAGAUCAGCUAGUUCAAGCUCCUUAUUUUAUGAAUGAGGAAACAAGCCAGGGAAGCCAGGGGGUGACAGCUUCCCACCCAACAGCAUGCCUUAGGCUACUUCCCACUGUCUCAAGCAGCUCCUUUUAAAGAACCUUAGGAUCUCUCAGUAUGAGGUGAGGGUUCCAGUGGUGACAUGAAUGAAUUUUAAACGGAAUUAUAUAAAGAAGCCAGACAAUGCUUUUGGUGUGUCCCGGGACACAGUUCAUGUUUCAUUAUCCCCCAACCUUCAGUUACAUUCAUGGCUUCAUAUUUGCCCAAAAGAGGAAGGCUGCCCCACUAUGUGGAAUGGAACUGCCUCCAAAAUGAUGUGCUCCAUUAGCACUGUGCUCAAUGACAGGCCAGUUCUUUCUAAUGCCCUUGGUAGGUCUGUGAAAGCUGAGCUCGCCUCCUAGGGCGAAGAGAGAGCCUUCUUAUUCUCUAUCCUCUCUAUCACUAUCUUUUGUGUGCCUUCAAAGACUGAGUGGCCCUAUGCCAAGAGGGCCACAGGGCCAAGAGAAGUAGAGAAGUCUGGGGUCUCUGGGCCCUAUUGCUCAGGUAAAGGCUAUUUCCCUCUCCCAACCUCACCUAUCCAAACCAACUGCCCAGAUUUGAAGCAAUUUAGGCUAAGCUUCUACUGAUCAUUUCAAAGGUAAAUUUCCUUGUAAAGAUGGCAGUGGCACCUAGUGCAGAGAAAGUAGCAAGAGCUUUUUAAGUGUUUUUAUUCUUUUUAAACGCUUACCUUCCAUCUUAGAAUCAAUACUAUGUAUUGGUUCUAAGGCAGAAGAGUGGUAAGGGCUAAGCAAUGGGGGUUGACUUGCCCAGGGUCACACAGCUAGGAAGUCUCUGAGGCCAAAUUUGAAUUGAGGAACUCUCAAACCACUGAGCCACCCACAGCUGCCCCUUAAUUGUCUUUGUGAACAUAGGCAUUAUGAAUAAAUGAGUGAGCUUUCCUUAGACAACCUUCUCUAAAGCCCUAAAGAGUUCCUUUUUAGACUGAUGCUGUGAGGCAUCUCCCAUGUUCUUUCCAUAUUCCAUGGGUAUGGAAAACCCAUCCAUAGGACACGUGGAGGGACAGUGCUUUCCUAAAGAGUAAUAUUUGCAUUACUUUACAAAUCACAUUACACAAAAGUACUUUAAUCAACCAAAAGUAUAGGAGGCUUCUUAACAUGUCUUCUAUGAAUGCUUAUGUCAGUUAAGGUACAUGGUUUUCUGGCAGAUUAGAAAUACAAAGUGGAUGGAACAAAACAAAGUCCUGGACCUUUUUAUUUUAAAAGCCAUAUCUUUUUUCAACUAGUAGGCAUUUAUUUUCUCUCUUUACCUCCUACCCUUUGCCACCACCACCCCACCUCACCCUACCCUGUGGAGGGAAAAAAAGGAAAAGGAAAACCCUUGAUAUGCAGUCAAGGAAAACCUAUCCCCACACUGAUCAGGUCCAAAAAUGUUUGUCUCAUUCCAUAGGUUGAGUUCAUCACCAAUCUAGCAGGAGAUAGGCAGACUGUUUCAGUGUUGGUCCUUGGUAUCAUUUGGCCACUACAUUGAUGUGAGAUCUUAAGUCUUUCCAAGUUGCUUAUCUUCACAAACAUUGUGAUUGUAUAUAUCAUUCUCCUGCUUCUGCUCACUUCACCCUACAUCAGUUCAAACAAGUCUUCCCAGGUUUCUCUGAAGCCAUCUUUCUCAUUUCUUGAUGCAGUCAUAUGCCCUAAUUUGUUCAUUACUCCCCAUUUGAUAGUUUCUAAUUCUUUGUCACCUUAAAAAGUUGUAAUAUUUUUGCACUCGUAUAGUUUUCUUUUCUUUGAUCUCUCUGUGAUAUAGGCAUUUAUAAUGAUUUAUAAUGACUUUUUAGGCAAUGUUAAUUGCUUUCUAGAAUGGCUGGACCAUUCUCUACCAAUUGGACCUUUUCCCCACAGAUUCUCCAAAAUUUGCCAUUUUCCUCCUUUGCCAACUUUGCCACUCUGAUGGUUGUGAGGUGGAACCUCAGAGUUGCUUUAAUGUGCAUUUCUCUCACUUUUAGUGAUCUGAAGCAUUUCUUCAUCUGGCUUUUGAAAGCUCAAAUUUCUUUCCUGGAGAACUGCCUGUUCACAUCCAUUUAGCCAUCUAUCAAUUGGGGAUUAUCUCUUAUUCUUCUAAAUUUGAUUCAGCUCCUCUUAAUUUUUGGAAAUAAGGUCUUAGAGAAUGUUUCAUUUCUGCUUAUCAAUGCAGAAUGUAUUCUCAACUUAGUCUGUUCCAUAGACUCCAUGUUCACAUUCAUUUACAGUGCUUGGCACACAGUAGGCAUUUAAAGUUUAUUGGCUGACCCCUCAGGGCAAGAUCUGCCACAUCAAAUUGCAGUUUGCACAAACUGUCUGGUCUUUGUCUCUAUCCAGCUGAACGAUGCCUCACAUUUUACUAAAUGCUGUUUGCCUAAGGAGGAUGACCGAAGAGCUCUCAUUGCUGCUGUGAAUUGUUGAGUAUUCUUACCAAAGAAAGCUGUCAGCCGUAGAAGCUUGUUUAUUUACAUAUAUAUUUACAUGCUCAGUAAUUAAGAGGGAAGGCCACAGAAUCUUAACCAUAGGCUCUGCCACUGAGAUCCAUUAAGUUCCCAGCUCAUUACACUAUGUUGCCAAGGCAUGUGGCUUGGGGUGUCUUGGCCUAUUCAUCUGGCAACUCGUAAGAAGGCCCAUGUUCUCUUCUCUUCCACUGAGUCAGGACCUUCCCCAAGAGUUUCACUGGACACUGGCAAAAAUCACCAAUUUCCAGAGUGGGACAUUCAGUUUUGUCUCUUGGUGUAUUUGCAUUUAUCUCAAAACUUCUUAGGUGCUUUUACUGCCCUGAAAAUAUCACAAAAUUUCAUGAAGACUGUUCAUUCAUAACACUACUAAACAGGGAGAAUUUGAAAGGAGCAAUUCCUGAUGAGUCUUCCUGUCUAACCCACUAACUCAGGCAAAUGUCUCCAGUGCUCUUGGAUGACAGCAGGGCAGAGAUGGAAUGGAGCUGAAACACUCGAGGACCUCAGGAAAUCAGGACGCCCCAAUUGUCAAGCUGUCAUUUGAUACUAUGAGAGAAGGAAGAGAGACAGCCUCUUUCUUUUCCUGGGGAUGGAGCAUAGGUACCUCCUGUCUGGUAGAGUAGAAAACCAUUUUAGAGCCACUUUCCACUGUUUCUCUUUUGUUCUGAGACUGAACUGAGAGGAUCCACUAAUGAUUUCUAUCUUGGGAUGUCAUACUGUAAGACUGAUGAAUGUAAAGAGCUAAUUUCAAGGUACCAUUUGCCUUAAAAUGUUUUUAAAAGAAUAAACUAUUUUAAAAUCAA